CCUAUUUCAAUGCAUGCACUUCCCCCCCCCUCUCUCUUUCUCUCUCUCCACUGCCAUCAUUGUCUUUAUCCAACAUCAGCAUCCACCCAACCCUCCCAAUCAUCUGGCCAUCCAACAAUUUCCAACUCAGCCACUAGUUGAUCAAGUUUCCCAUUCUUCCCGCUGACUGGUUCAUCUACUUCCCACUACUUACUUGAUUUCCGCCCUCUUAUUUGUCUUUCCUCCGUGUGUCUCGUGUGCUUCUUUUUAUUCUCCCCCACUGCCGGUUAGCCUCACAUCGCAAAGUGAUGAACUAAACCGACUCAGCCUUUGUCUAGUGCUGAGAUCUCGCAUCGUACCCACAUCGCAUCCCUUCUGAACUGUUGAUUCGAUUCGAUUUGGCGCAUAGAGUACUACAAACCAUCACUUGGUUCCCGUUCCGCCUUCCCGCAAUCUAAUUACGGCAUCAUGUUUGGCUGGUGUAGUACCUUGGGCCUACCCUCCGUGAGCUCAGAGCCGGAGAAAGAGCGCCGUCCUCCUCCCGCCCCCACACCCCUUGACUUCCCCAUCUACCACCUGCCGGAACUUUCGGAUAAGGACCCGGACGCUACUCUGUCGAGACUGAGUGAAGUGCUGGCGUCAAUCCGACGGCCACAGGAUAUCAACCCGCAGAAAUUCGAGGCGCUCAAUCUGAGACUAGAAGAGGAUGUGUCCGCAGCAGACAUCGUUCGUCCGAGCGGGUCAAACACGGCUCCUCCGCUCCCUUGGGAUAACUCGUUAGCCCGCUCGUCCCCGGUGGAUGAGGAUGGCUGUCCCAUCCUGAUGGACAAUGGCAAUUCAUACCCCUCCCGAGACCGAUUCGAGGCGUUGCAGAACGAGCUCCUGCUGGAUAACGAUGACGCUUUCAGAGAGGUGGGCAGACUGCCGCCCCGCGAGGGCCGUCAAAGGGUGCGUGUGGCUCAAACGAGGAAGUUCUGGACUGGCCUGGAACGGAUGGCUCAAUACUGGGACACCAGUUUGGACGAGUAUUACGAGCGCCCGAAAACGCCGCCCCCACCGGCAGGGCAGGAGGGCGCAGACAAAAUGCAGACGGAUGGGGAUGCCCAACUGCCAGCGGCGCAAGACCAUACGGAAACGCCCAUGGACGUGGACCCAGCGCCGCCUGCAGAAGCGGCAAAAGACGGUUCUCAGGCGCAGCCAGAUACACAGCAGGAAAUGGUUACUAUGUACAAGGGUCGCCGUCUUGGUGCCGGACAGGAGAUGCCCGAGGAUGUACGUGAGGAGACCGUUCGAGCGUUGGCCGAAAUGGCUGCUUGGCCCUUUGGCUGCCAGGCGGCCCCUCCUAUCUCCCCACCUCGGUUGGCUGUGAAGACUUUGCUCUUUCCUGUUCGACACACCUUCCAAACCGCACGAUCGCCAAAGGACCGUCAACUGGCGCGAAGCGGUAUAAUGGAGGGGCCUAUCUUUGCAGCGCAGUGCCGACCUGAGACCUCAUGGCGCGGGCCACAUGAUGCCCCAGGCUCUGGCAUGGGAGAGGUGUGUGAUUUGCUUCGGGAGGUGGGUGCCAUGCUCCUGACAGCUCAAGAACGGGCGAGACAAGGGGAAGCAGAGGUGAGACCAGGUGAAGGCAAGUGGUGGACAACCGUGCCCCGAUGGGGCGGCGCUCCCAACGACUCCGUCAGUGACAAUGAGAAGGAGACACAUGGGGAGGACAAGCUACCAUCCGAGUCGGGAUAUGCUCGCAAGCGCUCCAAGUACGAGCACCCGUUCCUCGCAUCGCGUCGACCGAGCUCUGCGCGGAAAAUGAGCAACAGCGACAGGUGGAAGAUUAUCCAGCCCGGACCCGGUCUUUGGGACAAGCGGAUGCGGUAUAUACAGAUUGGGAAGCCGCUUGACAGUGCAUUUGACGAUAUCUACCUAUUGUCCUCCAUCAAUCAUCAUGUGUCGAUCCUUCAUCUGCGCGUACACCGACGAUAUCUCGAAGUCAUCACCAAUGGGUCCAGCAACUUCCCGCCUGUAACCGACACGCCAGAGCAACCGUGGCAUGUUCUACAGCUACGACGCACCCGGUGGUACGACCUGUUCAACGGCGAAGACCGUGUGGAAGCGCUGAAGGGCAUUUGGCGCAUCUUCCACUACCUCCUUCGACAGCAACCGGAAACUCAGUUUCUAAACUGAGGCUGGGUUGAUGUUAGGAUUUGACUCUUUUGUUUCAUAUACCACUUUGUUUGCAUUUGAUAUUAGACGACCAGAACCAGUGUCUACAUUGCAUGGCAUGAUCAGAGUGUAUUAUGACGGCUUGAUGUAUUGGCAUUAUGACAUUCAGAUUGCAUUUGCUUUGGGUUUCAGCGGCUGGAUCAUGUUCCUGUCUUAGAUUGACUAGACGAUUGAGAGACUGCUCCACAAUAGAAAUGCAUGAUGUUGCACAGGACCUGAAGGGGAAAUGCGCUCUAUUUUAGGCAAAGCGAUGCAUAUUCUGUCGGUAACCGCGCCGUCAGUCUCUCAGCAGUAUGAGUGAGAUGCCAUUGUAACCAUGACAUCUUCUAACAAUAACAACAAACAC